CCGCCUCAGUGGGCUGGAGCGGACGUCUACCAUGAGGGGGGCCCGGCCCCUGCUCACCACUUUCCUCCGCAUCAUGAACAGCAGCAACCGCCGCCACCAUCACAGAGGCCUUACUUUCAACAUCCCGAUCAGUAUGGCGGGCCUCGGCCGCCACGCUUUCCCGGAUCAAGACUCUCUCCAUCAGAGGUUCCACCGUUUGAUGACUAUCAUCCUCCACCUCCCCAUCACCAGCCACCGCUGCCGCCCCCCCGCCGUCCUCAUCCUGUUUACGAACCGCGCCCAAACGAACGAUUUCCCGCACCCUACGAUGAAGAUUAUCGUCCGCGCCCGCCUGCCGGCGGCCUAGUCUCCAGGGACUACGUUAUCUACGAUCCGCAUGGAAACUAUGACGACUCCCUGAGCUACACAGCUCCCGAUUACGAGCAGCCGGACGAAUAUCACCAAAAUCACCAUGCCGGUGCUGAACCACGGGAGCCUACCGGUGCCGAUUUUAGAGGUCCCGAGGGUCAGCCCUAUGAGGUGGCUGAGUACCCGGCUGUUGGACCGCCAGCUCCUCUUUUUCCCCCAACUGCUCAUCCCAACUCUGUCCUAGAGCCGACCUUCUACCAUCCACCAAGGGGGUCGCCCGCAAUGAAGCCCUUCGUUGCGUCUGGUCUUUCGAUUCCCGACCACCUUAUACCCGCCUUCAGUAAGUUCAAGCCUCUCUCUCAUCCACCUGCUUCUCAUCCAGUAGCCUCCGUCUCGCUAGCAUCAAGUUUUUCGGUCUUAGGCACAUUCCAGCACCAAGAGUCCGUUCCCAGUUGA